ACAGUUGCUUAAUAGUUUUCUCUGAUUGGUAGAUGUGGAGUGGGCAGCCAUUAUGGGACAUUUGGAGGCCCCAUUCAAGCAAUGAGUGCCCUACAGAAUCCAAGGAAACCAAACAAAUCACCUGGAAAAAACUUCUACACCAAUCCACCCAAGAAAGGAAGUGGUUACAGCUUUCCUGACGUCACCCUCUCCAAGAUGGUGUCCCAUUCCUCAGACCCCUAUGACAGAGCCAAGGAAAUGCUAAAGCGUGAGGUCAUGGCACACAAAUCCAUGCUAAAAGGGGGAGCGUUUCGUUUGAACCUUCAUCCAGUUGAAUGCUUUAACAGCAAUCCUUACAAAUUUGACAAACCUCUACAACCUCCAAAGAAGACAGAGGAGAAAAAGCACAUUGCGUUGCCCUUCAAACCAAGUUCGCCAAGUAAAAAGACUGGAGGCAUGAAAGCAGGAACAUUUGACUCCUACCCCACCUACUCUGCAGAACCCUACGGUACCAAAAAGACCAAAUCAGCAAUGACAAAUAAGGAAGUAAAAAUAUUUCACCCCUCCCCUGGUCCAAAGAGCACACCUGUCAAGAGCAUCAUCAGUCUCAACGUCAAAAAGGCUGUGAAUUCCACAAACUAUAAUCGAAUCCCCUCUGUGAUGGCAUAUUGAGAACUUGUGAUGUCUUCAGGUGAAUAAAUGACUGUUAUAUAUUGGUCUUUAGAUUAAAAAGCUGCAAUUUUGAAUUGAAUUUAUAUAAUUCUCUUAAUUGAUAAAGAUGGACUCUUUUAAGAGAUCUUAUACUAAUACUACCCCAGGGGGAAAACACUUUUGUCUAAAACCACAAGUUAUUACGCAUUAAAAAUACAUAUUGUGUGUUUCACCAGCAAGGUAUUGGCUAAUUCAGCAAGCUCUUAAAGUUCACAAGUUUAUGCAGCAUUUAUGUCAUUCUUUUUUCUUUAUUUUUUUUUAAUAUGGUUAAAACCUUUCAUCUUAUGUGUAAAGGUGGCCUUAAAGGAAUAGUUGAGCAUAUGUUGACAGAGUUUUCUAUUUUGUGUGAACUAUGCCUUUAAAUUCAUUUAGAAACAUGAGAAUUAAAAAGAACAAUGCAGCACAAAUAAUAUUCAUAGAAAUGAUAUAAACAAACUGCAAAAAAAAAAAAUU